UAUUCUGUGGUGGAAAAUUGGAAUUGUCAAUGUCAUAUUAUUUGAAGAGUUGUCUAACGGGAAGAAAUUGAUAAUUUUAGUGUUUUCUGUUCGUUUUUCAAAUUUUGUUUUGUAAUUUUUAUUUUUCUGUUGUUUGCAAGGAAUGGAUGACGCUGAAUUUGCCCAUAGAGCCCGCAAGAGGAUAAAGGAAGUGAAAAGGAAGGCUAGACCAGAGUUAAGCACUAAAGAAUCCUGGUACCAAUGCAAUUAUGCUAAUAAUUUCGAAAAAUUUCAUAACUUUACAGAUUGUUGCGAAAGAAUUGACCAGUCUAAAGUUUCUCAACGAGAAUUUAUUUCUAGUUACGAACUUCCUUACAAGCCUGUUGUAAUUACUAAUUGCCAGAUCGGGUGGCGAGCUAUCGAGAAAUGGACGUUGGAAAGACUGGCGAAAAAGUACAGAAACCAAAAAUUUAAGUGCGGAGAAGAUAAUGAAGGUUACAGUGUGAAAAUGAAGAUGAAAUAUUAUAUUCACUACAUGCUCAACACUAAAGAUGACAGUCCCUUAUAUAUUUUUGAUAGCAACUUUGGCGAGCAUCGCCGCCGUAAAAAAAUAUUAGAAGACUACGAAGUGCCGUUAUACUUUAGAGAUGACUUAUUUAAAUACUCAGGUGAAAGUCGCAGACCACCAUAUCGUUGGUUUGUAAUGGGACCAGCUAGGUCUGGCACCGGAAUUCAUAUUGAUCCUCUUGGAACAAGUGCCUGGAAUGCUUUAGUAGUAGGACAUAAACGCUGGUGCCUAUUUCCUACGCAUACUCCAAAAGAACUUUUAAAAGUUACUGGAAGUCAAGGUGGCAAGCAAAGAGAUGAAGCUAUAACAUGGUUCAGUAUUAUUUACCCAAGAACAAAAGAACCAUCUUGGCCUGAAGACUGCAAACCUAUUGAAAUACUACAGAAACCUGGAGAGACAGUAUUUGUGCCUGGUGGCUGGUGGCAUGUAGUUCUUAAUUUAGAUACAACAAUUGCAGUUACUCAGAAUUUUUGUAGCAGAACCAAUUUCCCAGUUGUUUGGCAUAAAACAGCGAGAGGAAGACCGAAACUAUCCCGGAAAUGGUUAAAAGUUCUAAGAGAAAAGGAACCAAACCUAGCAGCCUUAGCUGAUAGGAUUAAUAUAGAGCAACCCUCAGGUGUUGCAUCUGAUAGUUCAAGCAAUUCCUCAAGUUCAAGUUCUGAUUCAGAUUCGUCACAUUCAGAUUCAGAGGAUGAAGACAGUGGUCAGGAGUCGAUAACAGCAAAGAAGAAAAGAAGAAAAUCUGAUAAUGAAUCUGAACGGAACAGAAAAGCAAUUAGAAGAGAUGCAGAAGAUCCCUCUUUACUGUGGACAAAUAAAAUAAAUCCAAGAGCUUCCACUUCUCCCUCUCAAAAAAUGGAGCGUGAUUAUAGUUGAGAAACAAGAACAAUAUAGACAAUUUAUAUAGUAUUUUUAAUAAUGUUAAAGUUAUUUAAUAUAAUAGUUAACAAUGCUCUCUUAUUUUUUCUUGAUCAAUAUAUCAGCUAUUUUGUCAUACCUUUUAUAUAUGUGUGUAUAUAUGUAUAUAGUUCGGUGUUGAAAGAGUACCAAGAAAUGGAAAAAAUAAGAGAGUAUUUAAAUAGCAUUUUCUUACUAGUCUUUUCUGACCAAAAAAUAUGUAGAAGAUUUGGAGGCUAGAAAAUAAUCUUCGCAUUGGUUGGAGGCAAGAAAAGAAGUUGUCAAAUUUUAUAAUUUUUUAAAUAGCUUUUUUGGAUGUUGGAGAAAAAUAUUCUUCCAAAUAGUAAACCAGAGUAAAUUUGAUAAAAAGAUACUAGUCAUGCCUGCAGUUCAUAGAAGUAUUUUAUCGCUGCAAAAUGAAAGACCUCCUCAUAAAGAUGAUACAGGCAGCUCAAUCAAUGCAAAUGAACAAAUCAUUCAAUUAGAAACAAAUCUAAAGAAUUAAAAACUUUACUUUUAGAAUUCGAAUUCAAUUAACAUUGUGAAGCUACAAUCGAUACAUAAACACCAUUAGUGUUCUGUCCAAAAAUUUUGUGCUUUUCGUACAGAGUGAGAACCUUGUGAUCUAAACGAUGUAAGAAAUUUUAUUAUAAUUUUUUUUAAGGGGAUAUCAAUCAAAAGAGUGUCUGUUUAGUUGAAAUUUCUAUUAUAUUUUUUUUUGUAUUAUCAUUUAUGGAGUAUUAUAAGCUAUUUUUGCUUUAGGUUAUGCCGACGAUUUAACACUAUUUCUGAUUACAUUUUUAUUGGUGACUUUGUGUGUUAUGGUUUAAUAUAAUUUUCAUCAAAACAUAAUGCGACUUUUAUUGCCUUGAUUUUUACCCUAAAUUCAGUUGUCCAUACAUGAUUAACUUUUUUUUUUUCAUUU